GCGCGAACUAGUCAUGGUGCUGUGGGAGUCCCCGCGGCAGUGCAGCAGCUGGACACUUUGCGAGGGCUUUUGCUGGCUGCUGCUGCUGCCGGUGAUGCUACUCAUCGUAGCCCGCCCGGUGAAGCUCGCGGCUUUCCCUACCUCCUUAAGUGACUGCCAAACCCCCACCGGCUGGAACUGCUCUGGUUAUGAUGACAGAGAGAAUGAUCUCUUCCUCUGCGAUACCAACACCUGUAAAUUUGAUGGGGAAUGUUUAAGAAUUGGAGACACUGUGACUUGCGUCUGUCAGUUCAAGUGCAACAGUGACUACGUGCCUGUAUGUGGCUCCAAUGGAGAGAGCUACCAGAAUGAGUGUUACCUACGGCAGGCUGCGUGCAAACAACAGAGUGAGAUACUUGUGAUGUCUGAAGGAUCAUGUGCCACAGAUGCAGGAUCAGGAUCUGGAGAUGGAGUUCAUGAAGGUUCAGGAGAAACAAGUCAAAAGGAGACAUCCACCUGUGAUAUUUGCCAGUUUGGUGCAGAAUGCGAUGAAGAUGCCGAGGAUGUCUGGUGUGUGUGCAACAUUGACUGCUCUCAAACCAACUUCAAUCCCCUCUGUGCUUCUGAUGGGAAAUCUUAUGAUAAUGCAUGUCAAAUCAAAGAAGCAUCAUGUCAGAAACAGGAGAAAAUUGAAGUCAUGUCUUUGGGUCGAUGCGAAGAUAACACAACUACAACUACUAAAUCUGAAGAUGGGCAUUAUGCAAGAACAGAUUAUGCAGAGAAUGCUAAUAAAUUAGAAGAAAGUGCCAGAGAACAUCACAUUCCUUGCCCAGAACAUUACAAUGGCUUCUGCAUGCAUGGGAAAUGUGAACAUUCUGUCAAUAUGCAGGAGCCAUCUUGCAGGUGUGAUGCUGGUUAUACUGGGCAACACUGUGAAAAAAAGGACUACAGUGUUCUCUACGUUGUCCCUGGUCCAGUACGGUUUCAGUACGUCUUAAUUGCAGCUGUGAUUGGAACGAUUCAGAUUGCUGUCAUCUGUGUGGUGGUCCUCUGCAUCACAAGGAAAUGCCCCAGAAGCAACAGAAUUCACAGACAGAAGCAAAAUACAGGGCACUACAGUUCAGACAACACAACAAGAGCAUCCACAAGGUUAAUCUAAAGGGAGCAUGUUGCACAGUGACCGGACUACCGAGAACGUGGACUACACAAUACAGUAUUAUAGACAAAAGAAUAAGACAAGAGAUCUACACAUGUUGCCUUGCAUUUGUGGUAAUCUACACCAAUGAAAACAUGUACUACAGCUAUAUUUGAUUAUGUAUGGAUAUAUUUGAAAUAGUAUACAUUGUCUUGAUGUUUUUCUGUAAUGUAAAUAAACUAUUUAUAUCACACAA